GUGGCUGGCAGACGAAUAGAUGGAAGCGUGGAAAGACGCGUGGCAGCAGCAGCAGCAACAGCAGCGGCCUAGAAAGGUCUAUCCCGUCCCGGCGACGUCAUGGGCGAGGGCAGAUAUAGCUCAGUGACGCGUGAGGAGGCCCGGGGGCAUACAGGGCGUAGUGGGUAGAGAGGAAAACGCACGCACGCAUGUGAGGACGGCGAUCCGGGGUGCUAGAGGGCGUGCCCCUGCAUGGGCGAAGGCUUCCAGAAGGCGGGCAUGGACGAGUCCAACUCGUUCUGGAAGAAGGGCCGGCGCGGAGAGAGGAGGCACAGAGCUCUCAGUGGGCUCGCGUGCGCCGCUACUCCCGCUGAAUGGCGCUCGCGCUCCAUCUACCAGGUCCUGACUGACCGAUUCGCACGCGAUGAUGGCGGCACCGGCGCCUCAUGUGACACGGGUGCGCGUGCGUACUGCGGCGGCACCUAUCAGGGCAUCAUCAAGAAGCUGGACUACAUCCAGGACAUGGGAUUCACGGCCAUCUGGAUCUCGCCCAUCACGUACAACCUCGAGGGAAACACGGGCGAUGGCACGGCGUAUCACGGCUACUGGCAGCAGGACCUGUACCGGCUGAACGAGAACUUUGGCAGCGCCGACGACCUCAAGGCGCUCGCCACCGAGUUGCACAACCGCGACAUGUACUUGAUGGUUGACAUUGUCGUCAACCACAACGGCUGGGCCGGCGACGCCAACAGCGUCGACUACAGCAAGUUCAACCCCUUCAACCAGAAGUCGUACUACCACGACUACUGCGAGGUGACCGACUACAACAACCAGGACCUGGUCGAGGACUGCUGGCUCGGCAGCUCCAACGUCGAGCUCGUCGACCUCAAGACAGAGGACUCGGCUGUCGCGCAAAAGUACAACGAGUGGAUCGCCCAGCUCGUCCAGAACUACUCCAUCGACGGGCUCCGUCUCGACACGGCCAAGCAUGUCGACAAGUCCUUCUAUCCCGACUUCAACAAGGCGGCCGGCGUCUUCAUCACCGGCGAGGUCUUUGACGGCAACCCGGCCUACACCUGCCCGUACCAGAACUACCUGGACAGCGUGCUGAACUACCCCAUCUACUACCCGCUCACGCGCGCCUUCACCUCGCCCAGCGGCAGCAUCAGCGACCUAGUCAACGAAAUCAACACCAUGAAGACCGCCUGCAAAGACUCGACGCUACUCGGCAGCUUCAGCGAAAACCACGACAUCACGCGCUUCGCGGCGAUAACAUCCGACAUGUCCCAAGCGAAGAACGUAAUCGCGUACACGAUCCUCGCCGACGGCGUGCCCAUCAUCUACGCCGGCCAAGAACAGCACUACAGUGGGGCGUCCGACCCCAACAACCGCGAAGCGACCUGGCUGUCCGGCUACAACACCGACGCCGAGCUGUACAAACUCACCGCCGCGGUCAACAAGGCGCGCAACGCCGCCAUCGCGGCCGACAACCGCUAUCUGACGUACCAGAACUGGGUGAUUUACAGCGACGGCACGACGCUCGCGAUGCGCAAGGGCUACGAUGGCGCGCAGCUGAUUACCGUGCUCAGCAACAAGGGCGCCAAUGGCGAUGCGUAUACCCUCAAUCUGGGGAACACUGGCUGGAGCAGCGGCACCGCCGUUACCGAGGUUAUUGCGUGCAGCGAUGUUACGGUUGGUGGCGAGGGCGUGCCCGUGCCCAUGACGAAUGGGCUGCCGAGAGUCUAUUUCCCGACUGCGAAGUUGGCGGGGACGGGCGUGUGUGGGAAGUAGGUAGGGUUUGGAGAUGUGUGGGGCGAGCGUGGAUGGUUUUCUUUUCAUUUUCAUUUUCUUCUUCUUCUUCUUCUUCUCGCCGCUCCUUCUCACGCAACGCCUGCCUGCCUGCCUGCGC